AUGGUACAAGCAUGGUACAUGGACAGUGAUGAGGGUGAUCAGAAAAAACCACACCAAACCAAUCCGCCUAAGUUUGUAACUUUAGAGAAGUUGCUAACGUUUGGGGUCCACUAUUGGAAGAUCGACUCCAAAGACCAAUUAGAUAAAAUAGUAGAAGAUAGAGGCUAUAAUUACAACGAUGAAGUCACAUGCAACAAAGAAAAACUUCCAAACUACAAUGAAAUGAUGAAAAAGUUUUUUGAAGAGCACGUACACCCCGAUGACGAAACCAGACACGUUCUAGACGGCUCUGGGUACUUUGAUAUACGAGACCCAACAACUGAUACAUGGAUUAGGAUACAAGUUAUCAAAGGUGAUAUGAUAUCAGUUCCAGCUGGAUUGUAUCACAGAUACACAAAUGAUGAAAAUGACUACAUACAUGCCCAAAGGUUCUUUAAGGGUACUCCAGUUUGGACGCCAUACAACAGAGCAAGUGGUGAACAUCCGUCCGUAGCCGAAUAUCUCAAAAUUUUUGGAAAAACCCAAUGA